AUGCUAAAGGAGACCCUGGUGCCCCAGUGCCACCUCCCCGCAUGCACCGUCCCCUCCUGGCACCCCCCCAGUCCAUCCCCAGCAUGCACCGUCCCCUCCUGCCCCCCCCCCAGUCCAUCCCAGCCCUCCCAGCCCCUCCUGAAUCCUCCAGUCCCUCUCCUUGCCCCGGUACUGGUUCUGUACAAGCAGCCAGAGCCCAGUGGGGACGAAGCUGCCCGAGGGGUGACACAGACCCCUGAAUUCCGCUUCCGCCAUAGCGGUGACAGCCGCCCCGAGCCCAGGGGACGCGGGACCUGCUCCCUGUCUGUGUGGCUCCAGCCGUGCGCAGGAUGCAGCUGA